AGGGCUUCAGCUGCACAUGUGCUUUCUUUUAUUACUGUUCAGGAAGUUUCUCUAAUCUUUGUCUCACUAAUUCUUUUUCUUUCCCAGUUUUCCCCUCAAUACCAUUGAUUACAGCAAUAAAGUUUACUGCUUAGCACUGUCAGGGUUCUGUGUGCUUUACAAACUCCCUUCUUAAAUAAGAAUGAAAGCAGAGAGUUCAGUAUGAAGUAGAAAUGGAAGAUAAUUCAUAUACUUGAUAUAACAAUUGAUAUAAUUGCUGUGCAGCAUUUCCAGCUGAGGUGUUUUUUUUUUUUUUUUUUUUUUAAUGUUUAAAGCAUCUUAGGUUUACUAAACGAAUAACGUUCAUUUUCUCAGCUGGGGGUUUAUUAACAUGGAAUAACCGCAGAGUACCCUUGAAGUGGACGUGUAGUGGAAUUAAAAAGCGUUACGUCGCUUCCUGACUCCUGUUCUUCACCCCUUACCUCUGAAAGAAACUCAGCAGGGAACCAAUCGCCUUACAGUUACAGCACGCUUCAACCAAUCAGCGUCGAGUUGUAGCAUGUUACACCCAAUCCCCUUCAGAGAAGAGCGAAGUGGGCGGGCCAAGACAUUGGUCUUGUAGGUUGUCCCAUACAUCCUACCGGUGCUUCAUAGCCGUGUAACUGGACUGCAUUACACAACCAUGGGCAGUGUGUUGGCUGCCACUUCCCCGAACCCCCCUGCUUCAGGCAGUGGUAGCAGUCAGGGGGGUCCAGGCCUGACGGUGCCUCCCGGCUUCACCAUGCCCACCAUGCCGUCGUCUCUGGGCACCGGCGCACAGGCUGGCACAGACACCGAGCCGUCUCUCCUCAACCCAGGCACAUUUGAGGAGUGCCAUCGGAAAUGCAAAGAGGUCUUCCCAUUGCAGAUGGAGGGCGUGCGACUGGUGGUCAACAAGGGUUUAAGCAAUCACUUCCAGGUGAGCCACACAAUUACACUGAGCACCAUGGGAGAAUCCGGCUACAGGUUUUCAGCCACAUACGUUGGGAGCAAGCAGACCGGUCCUGCUGAGUCAUUUCCAGUAAUGGUUGGUGACAUGGAUAACACGGGCAGUCUCAACGCACAGUUUAUCCACCAGUUGACCACACACGUACGCUCCAAGGUGGCUCUGCAGACACAGCAACACAAGUUUGUGAACUGGCAGUGUGACACAGAGUACCGCGGAGAUGACUUCACUGCUGCUGUAACAGUGGGCAAUCCAGACGUUCUUGUUGGAUCUGGUAUUUUAGUGGCUCAUUACCUUCAGUCUCUGUCACCUGCCUUGGCUUUGGGGGGUGAGCUGGUGUACCACAGGAGACCCGGAGAGGAGGGCACGGUCACUUCAUUAGUGGGCAGAUACACAGGCACCAAUUACGUGGCCACGCUGACUGUCGGAGGAGCAGGUGCUCACGCAUCAUACUACCACAAAGCCAAUGAUCAGUUGCAAGUUGGGGUGGAGUUUGAGGCGAGCACACGCCUGCAAGAAACAAGUAUGACUUUUGGCUAUCAGGUGGACCUGCCCAAGGCCAACCUUCAAUUUAAAGGUUCAUUAGACAGUAACUGGGUGGUAGGGGCUACGCUGGAGAAGAAGCUGCUGCCACUCCCGUUGUCGCUGGCUCUCGGCGCCUUCCUGAACCAUCGCAAAAACAAGUUUCAAUGCGGUUUUGGAGUUACUAUUGGUUAGACUUGCACCAGGAGCGACGAAUCGCAGCAGAUCUGCAUUUCAAGCAGACUUGGACUGGUGCAGAGAGACAGGGGGACAUGGACCAACAACCAAACGGACUCAGAUUCUCCCACAAGCACUGCGGUUAAACCUCACGUGGAUGCACGAGGACUACGAUAAAUCAGGCAAAAGUGGCCGGCGUUUCAUAUUUGCCGAUCUACUUCAUGUGAAAAGAAACGGCUCGUGAUCAGACAACAUUAAAAUAUUUAGAAAAAAAAAAAAACCCACAGUUUCAUGUUUACUGAUAAAUGGUGCAUUCAGAUUACAUAGAGAUGCAAUUUUCAUGUGUGUCCCUGAUGAUUUCUAAAGUUUGUUUAAGCUCGACAUCUGUGUUUCAGACAGAUGCGAAAGGGAAGCGUUUCAGCCGUCAGCUUUUUGACUUGUGUUCAAAAGAAAACAAGAUUUAGUCCCUACAUCCCUGCAUUUUAUUCAAACAUACAGUGGGGGAAAUAAGUUUUGAA